AUAAUGGCCAUGCGUGCGGCAGGACCGGUACCGCAGCUCUCAAUCUCAAGCGACAUCGCGGCAGUGCGCACGCCGUGCCCGUGCAGGCCUCUCCUCCACUCACUGCACAUCUCUCCAGCUCUCCACUCGAUCGACCACCGCGCGUCAUGGCCUUGUUGCGCGAGCACCUCGACCUCAUCCGCGCCCACCUCCUCGACGACCACCACGUCGCCGUGACCGUGAGCUCCGAUGACUCGGCGUCGUUGCAGUCGUCAUCGCCAUCGCCAUCGCAAUCGCCGCCGGGGCGUAGUAGGCCGCUGCCAGCGCUUUCCGUCUCGCUGCCCCCGAGGCCACCGGCGGUAGACCUGCAGCAGCAGCACCUGUGGGCGCCGGCGCCGCCGCCGAUGCAGAUUCAUCGGCAGGAGCAGCAGCACUACUGCUACCCACCGGAACCCGAGGAGGAGGAGGACGAUUUCCGGCGGUACCGCGGCGUGCGGCAGCGGCCGUGGGGCAAGUACGCGGCCGAGAUCCGGGACCCCGCGCGGAAGGGCGCGCGCGUGUGGCUGGGCACCUACGACACCGCCGUGGAGGCCGCGCGCGCCUACGACCGCGCCGCGUUCCGCCUGCGCGGGUCCAAGGCCAUCCUCAACUUCCCCAACGAGGUCGCGUUCGGCGCCGCCGCACGGUGGGCGGCGGCGCCUGCUGCUGCUCCUCAGCCCAGCGUGACCGUGGCCGGGAACAAGAGGGGCCGGGCGAGGUCGCCGCAGGAGCAGGACGCCGGGUGCUUAUUGGUCAGGGAGGUGAAGAAGGAGCGGGUUCAGGAGCCCGCAGCGGCGGCAGCGGGUUGUGGCUGGGAUGGCAAGGAUACGGCGGCAAGCGGCGGAGGGGCGGACUACUUCUGGGAGGACGAGUCGCUGAAGGGGGCGAUCUGCAGCCUGCCGCCGCUCUCACCGUUGUCGCCGCACCCGCACCUGGCCGUCCCGCAGCUCUCCGUCAGCUGAGACCUGAGAUGUGGCAGCAAGACAGCGGACGGUGGUCGCUUAAUUAACUGAUUAGUUAGUCUUAGUCUUAAUCUAUUUUUUGAGUUCUUUGAUUAUGCUAGAGAGGAGUGUACAGGUCCAAAUGUUCUUUCGUUCUUUAAUUAGGCCUUGUUCACUUCUGCCCAAAAUCCAAAAACUUUUCAAGAUUUUCCGUUA